AAACCUUGACCAAGCGAACCUUCAAUCUCCCUUACCUAGAACAAUCCCUUGAGGUCCUCAACAACCUCGACCCCUCGUGCAAAAGCGUUUACCCCGCUGAGUGCAACUUGGAUUGUCCUUUCAUAAUCCUUCUGCCAUAUAAACAUGUCGACUGCCGAAGGAGAGCCCGAUGUGAAUGAUUUCUUGCAGCGGAUCAAGGAAUUGGGUAACAAACGGGACCAAGAGGAUGAAGACCGCACAAGAAAGUUAGAGGAAGAGAUAUUGCAGGGCAGAAAGGAGAGACAAGCUCGCAGGGCUGGUAAUUGAUUUCUACUUGAAUUUUCUUUUAGAGACAUUGUUUCGCCGGCGCGCCAUACUUUAAUAUGAUACGUCAGUUAUGUACCUUUUGCUAAUGUUUACUUUCAGAAAGGGCCUUGUCGAUAUCACCAACGAAGUCUUCUCCUAUGAAUACACCUACCAGACCUCUAUCAGAAAUCCUCUCAAACUCAGAGGAUCAAUCUUUAGAAUCUCGGCCCGGGACUGUUGUUGGCAACGAGGUGGAUCCAAUAGCGAUGAAUUCGAUUCCAGAUUUCAAGCGAAGUUCGCAGAUGAGAGAUUCACCCUCUGAUGCUAUGCCCUCACGAAAUUCACCUUUAUCAUGGGCUCGUAGACCUGAACCUUCUGAUAGACCUCGAAGUCGACCUUUAUCCAUGGUAGCUACAGAUAGGGUAAUGCUAUCGAGAACAACCACACCGCCUCCCGACAAUACCGUAUCUACCGAUGACAGCACUCCUUCUCGAGAACAAAUUGCACAAUCACUAGCAUCCAAAGAUCCAGCUUGGUUUAGGCAAACUGCAGAUCGAGGCGUCAAUUCACCAGCUUACAGGAAAAAUCAAGUAGAAGACGAAGAGAGGGCAAUACACGGGUCGAUUCAAAUGCCAGGCAUGGCUCGUAACAAUUCUACGCCUGAAAAGGCAAUGAAUGAGACCAAAGAUUCUUCUUCGACGCCUGCAAGAUCAGUGACUAGACCCUCAGCAAGAAAUAGCAUUUCCUACGGAAGCAGCUUUAGGAUGUCGUACCAAAGUAACCCAGGUGCCGGCACGGGAUCACCGAUACCAAUGACUGAUGCCCAGAGACUAGACCCACCUACUUCUGAUAAUUUAUCGGAGAUUCGAGGUCUAGCAAUGUCACCUUCCCAGGGCCGCAUAUCUCCUGAUAGACAAGACCGACCUAAUUCCCCAACCAAAGGAAUGGGUGGGUUUGUACAAAGUGCAAUGAUGAAAAGAUCGGAGAGUAUGAAUAAGCGUUGGUCUGUUGCAUCACCAUCAUUAGAUCGCAAUAAUACGUCCUUCGAUACUAGUAUGGAUAAUCAAUCUACUUUUUCUUCAAGGCCCACAUCAAGACCUACCUCAAGUCAUGGUGAGCUUCAUCGCCCGGGCACAGCAGGUUCCACGAGAAGCAACAUGACCAGCACCGCUAAAGAGGCAGACAAUGGGAGUCAAUCACCUCCAGCAGAUGAUAGUUUGCCUGUCAGCCCUACGAAAACCUCGGACUCAAGACGAUGGAGCCCUACCAAAUCUAGUUGGCUUGAAAGCGCUUUGAACAAGCCUGAAUCACCAAAACCUAAAGCCACGCCACCGCCUCAGCAACCCUCGUGGAUGUCAGAAAUUAAUAGGGCGAAACAAAAGGGAAGUGUCGAUUUGGGUAGAAAUCAAACGAUCAAGCAUGAAGUAAACAUUGGUGGUCUAAUGAGAUCUCCUCCUCCAGGCGCAUUGACAAAGCCAUCUAGUAUUCGAGGUUUCCAAACACCGUUUGCUCCUGGUGUUACGCCACAGCGAAACAUUGAGAGCAUGAUCAACCAGGACAGUAAGAGUGUGGCUGAAAAUACGAAGGCCGAGAGACCAUCGACACCCUCUACUUCUACUCCUAUUCCGGUUACUACACCAAGACUUAACACAAACUUUACAUCCACUCCAUCUUCAACACCUAAAGCCAAUUUGAACUCACCUGUUGUUCCAGCGAGAAGUAGGCCAGCGACUCCCCCGAAGAAUGAUUUCCGCUCUGUUUUGAAAUCACGGCAGGUACCUGCCGAUGAAAAGGUACCUAUCGAGGAAAAGUCCAAAGAAGAACCAGAAUUCAAGAAUGUCUUUGGUCAACUUCGGAGGACGAAGACUCAAAGUUAUAUGGCUCCAGACGUACUGAAGGACAAUAUUACACGUGGAAAGGCAGGUCUUAGCCUUACUGGUGGGCCUCUGAAGACUGAACGCAAGGACGAAUUCAAAGAUGCCAUUUUGAAAAAGAAGGAAGAUUUCAAGAAGGCGCAAGCUGGAGGGAAUGGGGUUACCAGAUCUCCCAGUGGUGAAAGUCGGGAGAAUGCGGUGCCUGAAGCAUUGCAAAGAAGAAACACUUUGGGCAGGAAUGGCUCCGUUUCUCAUAUAAUUGCCUCUUCUUUUGAGUCCAGUUCACCACAGCGCACUACUUCAGCAAGCCCUACUCCGAAUUUAGUCAAAGAAACAAGUGCCCCAGCACGCAUGCAGGAAAAGAGUGCAAUUGGAGGUAAGCUUGCUGGACGUCUUAACCCUGCUCUCGCAGAUCUACUUGCCCGCGGCCCGCCGUCACUUGCUAGUGAAACCUCAAGGUCUUCAAGCUCGUCGUUGUCGCAGCGCACGAUAAGUAUGAGUACUUCGACAACCAAUCCUGAAUCAAGUGAGAGUGGGCCACAACUCACACAUAUGACCAAAGGGCGUGCUCGUGGACCGAAACGAAAAGCUCCAUCUGCAGUCACAUCAACGCAAUCUACAUCGGCGCCAGAAACGAUGGAGGAGAAGCCUCGAAUUACAACAUCUAUCAAGUCUUUUGCUACGUCUCAAAGACCUUCAUCGCCUGCUACCAGCCCAAUAAAACAGACUAUUUCAGCCCUGAACACGGAACAGCCACAAGAAAAUGCCCCAGUUUCCCAGUCUUCAUCACCUCGGAAGCUAGAUAUGAGGAGGCGGUCUCUUUUCCUACAAGAAGCGCCAAAGAAUAAGGAUACACCAUCGUUGGAAGCCCCCAAACCACUUUCUCCAGUCAAAAUUGCUAAUUUCCCCGAGAAUAUGGUAAAGACACACCACAACAAGCUCGAGGCAACAGUUUCGCCAGAUCCACCUAAGCACCAGCCUCUAGCGCCCCCCAGAUCUCCGCCCCCAACCAAUUUCUUUGAAGAUCGUACAUUCAAUGAUCCUGUAUCUCCAGAGACCGCGAAGCUCCGCCCUGCUCCCUUAUCCCCAAGAAAAGCAAAUUCGACAAAAACUCCACCGCAAUUUUCGUCUCGUUCUGAUCAACCAGCGCCACUCACUCGAUCCCGAUCGGUCAAGCAUACUGCAGCCUUAUGGGGCCAACCUGCUCCAGAACAACCUGCUCGCAUACCAUCCCCGAUAAAGUUACCAACUCAUGAAGAUGAGAAGGCAGCUUUAGUGGGGGCAGGAUUGCGCCCUACGAGUCCAAUGAAACGAAUCAAGUCUUUUGAAGAUGAGAAAGCAAAUCUAGUAGGUGUAGGUCUACCACCUAUUAGUCCAUUAAAGCGAAAUAAGUCUAUUGACCUAGGAUUACGAUUGGGAACGAAAUCCACUCUAGGGUCGUCAACCCCGCGCGCUCUUCCAAUCCCUCCCACCAAAACACGAACAUCACCAGUAAUGAGCCCUGGUAUUCGCUCGCCAAGCAUGGCCGACUCUCCAGUGCCCCAAGCAUCUGAAGCGUCGCAGCUACUCGCUGAUUUCUUCGGCGAUGAACCCAAGCCAAUUUCAAGGUAUUCAGUUGACACAGCAAAUAUUUUAAUGGCCCGGCAAGAUACCAUUUCAACUGUACGAACAUUGCAAUCUAGUUUGUUUUACUUGUAUGGGGAUGGAAAGAAACAAUCUGUUCCAACUCAUCAAGAGCGUGUCCUUUUCGAACGUGAAAUGUACCUAUGCCCACAUACAUUUACCAACGCAAAAGGUCGAAGAGUUACAGAAGUAUAUUGGUGGAUUGGAGAUGAAGUUUCUGAACGUGUCGUCAGUGGUGCUGAGAUGUUAGCUGAGAGAGAGGCCCAAAGUUUUGGUGGGAAUUUCGUAAAGUUGAGACAGGGCAAAGAAACACCAGAGUUUUAUCAAGCUCUAGGUGGUAUCAUUAUUAUCAGGAGAGGAUCAUCUAAAAAAUACGACUCACUCGCACCUCACGUUCUCUGCGCAAGACAACAAUAUGGGAUGUUGGUAUUUGACGAGGUUGAUUACUCACCCUCAGUCCUAUGCUCAGGUUUUCCCUAUCUCAUCUCCUCACCAUCAGGAAAGACAUAUCUAUGGAAGGGUCGAGGUAGCACUGCAGAAGAACAUGGCUGUGCUAGGCUCCUCGGAAUGGAAAUCUCAAUGACUGGCGAGAUCGAGGAAAUUGAGGAUGGUGAUGAACCUGCAUCAUUCUUGAGAGUAUUUGAAAAUUGCAAGGAAAUCCCACAAUCAGCAGAUCAUUGGAAACUAAAGCCCGCCUAUAACAAAUAUUCCGCACGUUUGUUCCGUGCUACCAGGGCAGGCAGAGAACAAGUAUUUCCUCCAUCCCCACAUUAUAUCACUCCCCACUAAUAUCCUAUCUAGAUAGUCGAGAUAAACCCUUUCUCCCAAGCUGACCUUUCCCCGUCCGCUAUCUACAUCCUUGACGCUUUCUUUGAAAUCUACAUCGUCAUCGGUGCCAAAGCACAAUCCCAAUACGGUCCCUUCCAAAAUGCAUUGCAGUUUGUGCAGGAAUAUGGCAUCCUCGCAGCCGGCAUGGAAGAUCGUCCCUUCGUACCAGUUAGCACAGUUGUGAUAGAGGGUAUACCAAAGGAUUUGAAAAGUGUGUUUAGGAAGUGGAGUGAGGAAAGAUCACCGACUAUCAUGCAACCUAGAGAGAAACAGGGUGGGGCUAAUUUGAAGAGAGUGAAGAGUUUGAGAGUUGUUCCAUUGACGGCUGCGUUGGAGGCUACGAUGGGUUAGAUGGCAUGCGUGCAAUGAAUUGCUGGCUUGUUGCUUGUAUGUUUAUUGGCUUUGACCCGACUUUGGUAAUGGACGAACACUUGCAGAAAUGGAUGGAUGGUGUGAAGGAGCGAUGGAGGUGGGUAGCUGGGCAGGUGGAUGAAGGAGUACAUACUAGCGAGCUUUCAUUUCUUUGUACAUCACUUGAUAUGUAUCAUUUGUUAUUCUACGGACACGGAGUAUAGUCUACGGAUUUUCUGAGUUGGUUGGGGGUUGGAGGGAAGGGGGAUGCGCUAAUUGAGAAUUGAGAUUGUACAUA